AUGACUAUUCAAGAGAAACUUGAAGUAAAUGAUGUCACCUCUGAUGUUAGUAAGGAGAAACUUGUCGCUAUGAAAUAUAUCGAAGAAUUAAACAAGUUUUAUAAGAAGGAUGAGGGGAGUACGAGUACCGGUGAUUACGCGGUCUCACAAUCUAAUAUCUAUAUUAGCAGGAGACCUAAGCUUCUUGACAGGGUUAUAGGUAUCCAUACCAAGUAUGCAAUUUCACAGGAAUCCCUUUUUCUAGCUAUGAAUAUUGUUGAUCGAUUCUUGGUAGCCAGAUCGGUGAGAGAGGAAAAACUUCGGUUGGUUGGCAUGGGCGCCUGGCUGAUAGCAUAUAAGUAUGGUGGAAUCUGGCACCUUAAGGUGGAUACCUUUGUUACUCUUCCUGAUAAUCCUUACACACGUGCACAAAUACUAUGGAUUGAGGAAGAGACAUCAGGAGCUUUAAACCGGAAACUGACUGUUUCAACACCCUUUCAUUUUCUAUCUCUUUUCUUUAAGGCACCACCAGAUGACACAUAUAACAACUUUCUUUUGGAAAACAUGACUUAUUUCCUAUCUGAAUUGGGAAUGAUCAAUUUUACACCUUGA